AUGGCACUUCGAAAGAGAUGGCUCGGGAGCAUCGAUCUAAGUGAAACAAACUUUUGGGCCGCUUUUUUCCAUCUUCUGUCUGCCAGCGUUGUAAGUGAAUUUUUCUCACUCCAUUGUGAUCUAUUUGAUCAGAAAAGGGCAUUUCGAAAAAAAAGUUGAAAUCAAAAAUUGUCAACCUAUAAAGAAAAUUACUUCAUAGAUUCUUCCAAAAGCUGUUAUUGGUUUGAAAUUUUUCAAAAUCGAUAAUAUCAAUCGGAAAUCAUGGACAUAAACUUUUUCUAGGCCAUCGCCUCACUCUUGUCAAAUGAAUGGAUUCUGAUUGACGAAGAUGCGGCUGCCGCUAACACCACGGAGCCUGAAAAAACUCAGCUUCUUUAUGAAAUUUCGGCGACGGCCGAUAAGUGCAGGAGCAUCGGUGAGAUGGAUUUGCAUAAAGGAAAUAAAAUUGAGUUAAGGUUGCCGAGACUUUUGGAAACCAGCCCAAUUUGGCGGAUUCGUCGAUCAACUUGGUCGGCCUCAUACGGCCUUUCGCUAUGAUGGAAAAGGUGAGAUCAGAAUCUUAUGAAAAAUUAGAGGGACAGAUCAGAUUCGAUUAUUGUUUGUGAAAAUAAAGUUGAUGCUGUUGAGGUGGAGCUCCACCUUUUCUUUAAGAGCUGGUCAAAACUAGACGUCUGAUAUGGCCUUCAAAAAUGCGAGGAAAAGCUUUGAUAGAAACGAAAAAAUUUCAACUAAGGAAAAAAAUAUUCCCACUGAGCCAUAAAAAAGGCUGAAAUCGGUGCCCAAAAAGUUUUUUGAAAAGUAUUGAACUUUCUUUGAAAAUAAAAUCAAAUUACUCGUUCUAGUCGUUCUCGACUGCAUCACUCCAAUCGUGGCCAACUUGUUCUACAUCUUGAUCGCUCUGUGUUUCGUCAUCUGCUUGACUUCGACGCUGUGUUGCGUUAUGAACGUGCUGCCACCAACGCAUGGAUUUCUCCAUUGGCUACGCACAAAUACUAUUUUGGAAAUGUCAAACAGUAAGUUUACUUUCUGGAAAAUGUGGAGAAAAGUUCGAAAUGAGGAAUUUUCGUGCUUCUCCCCACUUCUAUCCAAGUUUUUAGAAAAAAAAAAGAAAUUUGAUAAACAUCAGUUUUCUGCUGUAGAGUUCGGUUAUUUCCAGUGAUGUUGACGUUUUGCGCUUGCGUGACUGCCAUCGUCGCUCACACCGAAGUCUCAGCCCUGCGUCCAGACGCCGAAGUGACCAUCGGCUCCGGAGUUUUCUUCAACUGCCUUGCCGGCCUUUUGUCUUUCCUUGCAGCCAUGGCUGGCAUCCGUCACACGUAUGGAUUUCGCGUUCAUUUUUUUUAAAAUAGAAACAAACAGAAAUAGACAGAAAAUUUUCUGCAUGACUUUUCUGAAAAAAUGGGAAAAGUGAAGGAAGUUGUCUUUUGAAAAGCACCUGCAAGUUGAAAAUUUUGGUUUUGAGUUUCCGUCUGGGGUUUUCCAAGCUCCACUUUCGUGUUAAAGAAAAUUCGUUUAAACCCUUCAUUGAAAGCUUUUACAAUCGAGAAUAAUGAAAGAAAGGUUAACAAGCCGUUAUAAGGGAUCUACUUUAGAAAAUGUUUUUCAUAUAUCGAUUUAGCCUAAAGUCUCAGCCUACAGAACUCAAGUUUCAAAAAAGAAGAACUAGAUUUUGAACUCUGAAAAUGCGGUUUUUUUUUUUUGAAAAAAGAAAAAGUCAGUUCUGAAAACUUCAAAGUCGAAAUAAUUUGAUGAAACAUACAUUAUCCUGUCAAAGAUCCUAUCUACGGAAUCAAAAAAGCAAAAACGUUUAAAUUAACAUCAUCUUUGUUUACAGGACCAAGCUGAAUCGUAUGCGACGAAUCGACAACCAAAGACUUCUCUGUGCUCGUUCUCUGCGUUCUUGGCGUGAUGCUGCCCGGAGGCCAGACGACACUCGUCCAAUUGUUGACUUCGAACGGUUACUCCUCUCAACAUUCACUAAUGACUCUAACUUUUAGGUAUUUGGACGAAUGCUCCAGCACUGAAAUGACCGAAACUUCCUCGGACGCACCCUCUCAAGUCGUUGAGAAUAUCUAA